UCUGACCGGCAGGACGUAAACAUGGCUGAGACUUUCUGUUUGUCCGAUUUCGAUGCUUAUGGCUUUGAUAUGGAUCAUACGCUUGCUAAGUACAAGCUUGUUAAUUUAAUGCAGCUAUGUUAUGAGGCAACAUGCGACUGUCUGAUUCAAAAAUUUGGCUACAGUCCAAAACUGAAAGAUGAUAUCCACCUACACAAGGACUUCAUAUGCAAGGGCUUGUUUCUAGAUGCAGAAAGAGGAAAUAUACUAAAACUGUCACAUGAUGGCAAGAUCCUAAGAGCAAGUCAUGGAACACGAAUGAUGUCGGAGGAGGAGAUGGUAUCUGUCUAUGGGGAAGAUCUCCAUUGGGAACACUUUCAUGAAGUCAAGCGGGAUGUGAAAUCUACAGGAGCGGGGUUCAAGUUCCGGUUCUUUGAGAAUUAUUUUGAUAUACCAGGAGCAGUGAUUUGUGCCCAUAUAGUAGAUACGCUGGACGAAGAGGCAGGUGAAGAGCUGGAUCAGUACAGUUUUUGGGAAGAUGUUGUGGGGGCUUUUACAACAAACUUCAUACCAAGUGCCUUCACAGAUGACUCUGGUUGGUUUUAUCCCAAAUUGAAGAUGAAUGCUAAACACUAUUUCCAGGAGUGUAGUCAAGGUGUUAAACAGUGGCUCAAAGAUCUCCGACAGAAAAAUAAAAUUGUAUUUUUGAUGACUUCUUCUGGAUACAGUUUUUCUAGUCUAGUGAUGAAGGAAAUUCUUGGAACAGAAUGGCAGUCUCACUUUGAUCUAUGUCUUUUUAAUGCAAGAAAACCUGGAUUUUUUGUCAACAAAACCUCAUUUUUAAAUAUAGAAGACGGUAUCGAAGGCAAACCAACAAAGACCCUCAAAAGGAAUGGUUGUUUUUCUCAAGGCAACCUGGACGAUCUCAUAACAUUUCUGUCUUCACAGACAGACACAGAACAACCAAAGGUCGUGUACUUUGGAGACAGUUUGUGUUCUGACAGCUUCCCUGCGAGGACAUAUGCAGGCUGGAGUGUGGUUCUUGUUUUGGAGGAGAUGGAGGCAGAGGGCUAUCACCUGACUAAGCAUGAUCUGGAAUGUGACGACGAACAACCUGCCAGUAAUGUCAGACAAAAACAGGUCAACAUAGAUAUUGACCCUGAAGAAGAAUCAUUUCUAUUGUCAAAAAUGUGGGGGUCAUUUUUUUACCAUGAGAAGGAGGAUAAAAACCAUGAUCGAAGUAUGAACACAUUCUGGGGACGACUUGUAAGCCAGUACAAUGCAAUAGCUAUACCUAUCAUCGAAUAUAUAGCAGGUAUGCCCAUCAACCAUGUGUACACGAGGUUUGGUAGGGAAGUUGGAAGUACUUCUGGGUUCCAUCCAGCCAGACCCAAGCCACUGAUUCCAAACAGAGCACCUGAUUGCUCGACCUAGUCCCUUUAGGAAAAUAUUACUUCUUUGUAUGCGUCUCCGAUAAUUAAGAAGAUUUAAUAAUGCUUAAAUUAAUGGAGACAAAAACAUCCAUAUCAGUGUAUUAUGUAGGUAAGAAUGUAGGUAAAACAUGUUGCGAUCCAUUUCUUAUAUGUGUAUGUGCUUCAAAGCGUUAUUUUCUAUGAAAGAGGGUCAUACAUUAGUUUCUAUUUCAAAUGCAAUUUAUAUGAGUAUCUGUAAAUUUGAGCCUCAGAUGAAAACUUCGUGAUAAGUUGUAUAAACCUCACAUGAAAUAGACAUUGAUGAUUUUGUGUUAUUCUCUUGUGAAAAUUGGUUUUGUCCAGUUAUAUAGUGGUUGAUUUUUUUAUUAUUAUUUUUUUUUACACAAUAAAUGCUGGUUAUUGUUGUUUUGAAUAUUAUUUCAUGUCUUAGCCAUGUCUCCCAGUAUGUUUGUUAUGAUUUUAUAAGUAUUACCAGGGUUAGUGGACAAUUUUCUCUUCUCUAUGAAAACAUAGGUUUAGUUUGUACAAUAUUUCAAAAUCAGACUGCUGGUUAGUGUUCAAAGUAUGAAGCUUUACUUCCCUGAAUUAUGCGAAAAAUGUAAAAUCUUUCAUGUAUUGUUGUGUUCAUGAUAUAUAAUUAUAACUGAAGUUUUAUUAUUUAUUAUUCAAAAAAUGAAGGCUACGUACAUAAUGCCAUCACAUAUGUUGUAUACAGUCAAACCUUGUUAUAAUGUCACUAUUGUGCAGUUAAUUCUUGUUUUACUUGAACCAUUUGUCCAGUCAAACCAUGUUAUACUGCCAUAAUUUGUCAGUCCAAACUUGUUACACUGUCGCAUCUUGUUAUUGAAACUUUCUUAUACGAUCACCACUAUACAGUAAAACUACAAACCCUGUUACACUGCCAGUAUCCAUCAUAUGUCUUUAUAUCCGUAUGAAGUGGAACAAUGUACCAAUGUUUUAAUACCAUCAAUAUUUUUUAUAAAUAUGAUCAUUAUUUUGAAUUUUUUUGUUAUAUGUAUAUUAAAAAAUGCUUUAUCACAAAA